UAGGGCCAAUGGGAGCGAAGUACUGAGUUUAGGGGCGGGCUUUAAACGCAACAACCCUGGACUAAAGAAGAGGGGAGUGUGUCGGUUCCCGAUUCUUCGCAGAUCCUUUAUACAGUCUUUGAAGAAAGCCUUGUGAAAUGGGGACCAGCUCAUGUCUCUCUUUGGGGCUUCAUCUGGAGUUGUUUGCCUUUAGAAACAUCAGGAUUUGAAGUCUGUUCUGUUUCUCCAUAAAAGUUGUCUAUGAUUUGUAAUUUCAGUGGUAUAUGAAACUGCUGGUUAAGAAACUCAGCAUUAUUAAGCAACUUAAAAUCAUAAAAAGCCACCAAGAAUAUUCAAAGUUUCUUCACAUUCUACCCUGCAGAACAAUUGUGGUCACUAUGAAAGGCUUGUAUUUUCAACAGAAUUCACCAGGAGAAGAAAUUUCAUUUGUAUUUCAAGAAAGGGAAAAUCUUCCUGAUAUAAAGGAUAACUAUGUAAAACUUCAAGUGAAAGCUUGUGCUCUAAGCUGGAUAAAUAUAAAGCUUUUAUCAGAAAUGAAACUGGAAAAGGAAUUUUUUCCUGUUGGGAGAGAAAUUGCUGGAGUUGUACUAGAGGUUGGAAACAAAGUAUCAUUCUUUCAUCCAGAUGAUGAAGUAGUAGGAAUUUUGCCACUGGAUUCUGAAGAAUCUGGUCUCUGUGAAAUUGUUAGAAUACAUGAGCAUUAUUUGGUUCAUAAACCAGAAAAGGUCACAUGGACUGAAGCAGCAGGAGUUAUCCGUGAUGGGAUACGUUCCUAUACAGCUCUGCAUUUUCUUUCUCAUCUCUCUCCCGGGAAAUCAGUGCUCAUAAUGGAUGGAGCAAGUACAUUUGGUACAAUAGCUAUUCAGUUAGCACACCACAGAGGGGCUAAAGUUAUUUCAACAGCAUAUAGUCUUGAAGAUAAAGAGUACCUUGAAAGACUUAGACCUGCAAUAGGAGUAAAACAAUCCUUGGUAGUUCGAGUGAUAGAUUUAUCCAAUGGAAAAGAUGAUGUUACUGAAAACUGUUUGGAAGAAACAGGAGGCAUAGGAGUAGAUAUUAUCCUAGAUGCUGGAGUGAGAUUGUAUAGUAAAAAUGAUGAGCCUGCUUUAAAUUUACAAUUACUACCACACAAGCAUGAUAUCAUCACACUUCUUGGUGUUGGAGGCCACUGGAUAACCACAGAAGAAAAUCUUCAGUUGGAUCCUCCAGACAGUCACUGCCUUUUCCUUAAGGGAGCCACAGUUUCUUUUCUCAAUGAUGAAGUUUGGAAUUUGUCAAAUGUUCAACAAGGAAGGUAUCUUUGCAUCUUAAAAGAUGUUAUGGAGAAACUAUCAACUGGUGUUUUCAGACCUCUUUUAGAUGAACCUGUUCCACCAUAUGAUGCCAAAGUUUCCAUGGAAAUUGUUCAGAAAAAUCAAGCAAGAAAAAAACAAGUUAUCCAGUUUUGAAGUACUAUUUCCUGCUAAAACAAGAAGCUCAAAAUUAUAUGAUGUAUUUGAAAAGUCAAUUAUUGUGCGAGCAUUCUAUAUAUUUUUAGAUGAUUAUUUAACAUUUUAAAGACACUUUUCCAUCUCCAAUGUAUUCUGGAAGGAGUGUUUUAAAAGCUGAUUUUGGUUGCACAUUUUGUACCUGUACAUCAAGCAAUUAAGUACUUUCAAAAUCAUUGCUGUCUUCAAGAAAACCUGCUGUAUUAA